CGCAAGCCGACCAACAAAUUUAUGUAUGUUUGUCAAAAGACCUUUGUUUAAUUCCUCAUAUCCUUGAGAUAAGGAUUAAUCAAAAACUUUGCCUCCUAUUAGUCAGAUACAAAUUUUGAACUGAAUUUAACGAUUUCGAUCUUCACGAGGCGUUUUUCUCAUAAAAGUUAUUGUUAUAUACUUAUGGCUGGUUUCCAUAUAAUAUUCUGUGUCGUUUUAGGCAUCCAAAAAAAGGUAUUCUGGGACGAUUGGGACAAUUAUGUGAAAAUACAAUGAAGGAAACGCGGUGGUUUUACGAUGAGCGCGAUUUCGAGAUCAGGUCAGAUCAUUGAACAAGGCAUUAUGUUACUGGAUAAAUAAAGGCGGUGUUAGAAAGCCGCAAAAAAAUAAGAUAAUUCCCGAUUCCGCCUGUCGAGUCCAUAUGGUUACUUGCAUUAGCGGUUGUCGUUGACUUCAAUCCCGACGGAGGUGCUUUCACUUAAUGCUCUUCAAGAUGAACGGCUAUCUUCUGUGCAUUUUGCCAUUGUUCGCUUUACCAAACGUUCUGGCCAUCACCUGCUACACUUGCACACCAAACCCACCUACAGUGUCAUGCACAACACUGGCUGAUUUGAAUGUCACCGAUUGUGACGCGGAUCCGACCGUACCAUCAGGCAUGGCUGACGUGUGUAGCAAAAGAUUAGCUGUAGCGAAAAUGGGGCAAAUGAACCAGACUAUGAAUAUGUUUAGCUGUGGAACAAAGUCAAUGUGCCAAGACUUCCAGGCAAAGUCAUGCAAUGCCUCGCUACUGCCACCUGGAAUGACCUUUAAAAAAUGCGAAGCCACGUGUUGUGAACAGAACAAGUGCAACGGGCUUGCAGAGAGCACCUCGCCAAGUGUGAAUGCCGCGCCAAGUGUAAACGCUUGGCCAAGUGUAAAUGCCUCGCCAAGUGUAAACACCUCGCUAAGUGUAAACGCCUCUCCAAGUGUAGACGCCUCGCCAAGUGUAAACGCCUCGCCAAGUGCAAACGCCUCGCCAAGUGUAAACACCUCACCAAGUGUAAACGCCUCACCAAGUGGCCCGGUAACCAGUGUUCCUGUAAAAACUAUGGCCACAGGAACCCCACCGAAGCCUUCUAGUGGUGCCACAACAUACAACAAAGUUGUAUCAUUCGCCACCACCCUUACAAGCGUACUCUAUGUGCUUUUUUGUAUGUACUGACUUUGAGCAGUGAUAAUUGUAAGAGUGCUGAAAACAACGUUAACCAGGUGCUAGAGUCUGUUUGUUUUUGUUUGUUUUUUGCUAUUUAAAGACAAAUAAUUCAAAUUUCGUAGCCGAUCAAAUUUCUCAUCUUUUGUAACUACUCUACAUACAGUAUAAGUGAACUAAGCGGCCACCCGCUAGAUUCCCGCCUGUAUCAAAGUUGGACAAGUCCAGUAAAUUACAUAGAACUGUUUUUAUUGUUAAACACUAAAUAGAACAGAGUGAGCGAUCCGCGGCCUUUCAAACGGAACCUUUGAGUCAAUAAAACACAGAUUUCAAUAAGUCAACAAUGUAAUCUUAAUUGCAAUGGGAGAGAGAUAAAGCGAAAAUUUCUUAUCAAGUUGUUUGCUUAGAAAGGGUUUCUGUAAAUGAGGUGCUUAAUUCUAAUGUCAGCGUCUGUUCAGGAAGGUUUG